CGUCCAGCAGCUGAUCGGUAAUCCAGAAGAAGUUUCCGCUCAGUUAGGGGGGAGCUCCACUUUGAAGCAGGAGACUCCACAACCACCCUGCAUUAAAAAGGAAGAGGAGGAACUCUGCAUCACUCAGGAGGGAGAGUGUCUUCUAGGACGAGAGGAAGCUGAUUACACCAAGUUUCCACUGAGUAUUCUCUCUGUGAAGACUGAAGAUGAUGAAGAGAAACCACAAGUAGACAACCUCUUAGCUCCACUAUCAGAUAGUGAGGCUGAAGACGAGGUUGAAGUAACUUUGAGCAGCGAUAAAGACUGUGAAGGUGAUAUGAGGACUCACACUGACAACAAACACUCUGAAUGCUCUACAAAGAAGAGAGGUAAAACAUGUUUGAGCUGCUCAGUUUGUGCUGAAAGUUUUACUCAAAAGAGCAGUUUGACUCGACACAUGAGAACACACACAGGUGAAAAGCCAUUCAGUUGUUCAGUUUGUGCCAAAAGCUUUUCUCGAAAAUGUGGUUUGACUCAACACAUGAGAACACACACAGGAGAAAAAACAUUUAAUUGUUCAGUUUGUGGCAAAAGCUUUUCUCAAAAUAGCUGUUUGACUCGACACAUGAGAACACACGCAGGAGAAAAACCAUGUACUUGUUCAGUUUGUGGCAAAGGCUUUUCUCAAAAUAGCUAUUUGACUCUACACAUGAGAACACACACAGGUGAAAAACCAUUUAAUUGUUCGGUUUGUGGCAAAAGCUUUUCUCAAAAUAACAAUUUGUCUAAACACAUGAGAACACACACAGGUGAAAAACCAUUUAAUUGUUCAGUUUGUGGCAUAAGCUUUUCUCAAAAUAGCUGUUUGACUCGACACAUGAGAACACACGCAGGAGAAAAACCAUGUACUUGUUCAGUUUGUGGCAAAGGCUUUUCUCAAAAUAGCUAUUUGACUCUACACAUGAGAACACACACAGGUGAAAAACCAUUUAAUUGUUCAGUUUGUGGCGAAAGCUUUUCUCAAAAUAACUAUUUGUCUAAACACAUGAGAACACACACAGGUGAAAAACCAUUUAAUUGUUCAGUUUGUGGCAUAAGCUUUUCUCAAAAUAGCUGUUUGACUCGACACAUGAGAACACACGCAGGAGAAAAACCAUGUACUUGUUCAGUUUGUGGCAAAGGCUUUUCUCAAAAUAGCUAUUUGACUAAACACAUGAGAACACACACAGGUGAAAAACCAUUUAGUUGUUCAGUUUGUGGCAACAGCUUUUCUCAAAAUAGCAAUCUGACUCAACACAUGAGAACACACACAAGAGAAAAAACAUGUAAUUGUUCUGUUUGUGGCAAAAGCUUUUCUUUUAAGGGUAAUUUGACUGAACACAUGAGAACACACACAGGUGUAAAACCAUAUAAGUGUUCAGUUUGUGGCAAAAGCUUUUCUGUUAAGAGCAAAUUGACUCAACACAUGAGAACACACACUGGAGAAAAACCAUUUAGUUGUUCAGUGUGCUGUAAAAGGUUCCAACAUAAUGCAGACGCAGUAAAACACAUGAGAACACACAAGGGAAAAUAACCAAUUAGUUGUUUAGUUUGUGGUAUGUUGCUCAUAUGUGGCGACAUCCACCCUACCCAGGACCUCCUCACUGCUUCUUUCACAAAUAUCUGAGGUAUUCAUACAAACUUGGAUUAUUUGAAGCAUAAUCUUAUCUACUCAUGACCCUGUGUCUUCUCUGUAUCUGAAACCUUCCUGAACAGUAAGAUAGAUGAUGCUUCAAGUGCUUGGUUACUCCUUCUUCAGUCCAGGGACCUGGGGCCUCAUGUGUCAAGUUUGUGCACGCUCAAAAACCUGCACUACACCCUUUUUCACUGCAAAGUUGAGAUGUAUCAAAACUGACAUAAUUAAAAUGCAGCAUGAGACACUGCACACUGAUAUAGUUCUGUGAAAAUGAUUGUCUUCUGUGCAAAUGUAAAGAAAGUGAACAGUGUGUGAUUUACUGCAAUACUGUCAGUCUUUGAACUUUUUAUUUAUGCUUUGUUGAAAUUGUUCACACAUUGCACAGCUUUUAUUUUUCUAUCAAUACACAUUAUGUCUAGAAGACAGGAAGUAACUCAACACUCUUGAAUAGUUUCUACCUCAGUUUGUAUGGUUUGUUGAGUUAGCACAGGAUUAAUAUGUGGAAAUGACAAAUGAGGUAGUUGAUACAUAGAAUAGUUUUUAUUCAUGCU